AAAAAACCGCAAAAGCGCAGGCAUAAUUUUUAGAGACCAUUUGCAACAGUAGGUAGAGCAUAUACUUGGAAGUUUUUCCAGCCCAAAUCGCGUAAACUUUUCCUAGCUAUUCCAUACGCUGUGUAACCUCCUGGACAAUCCUAUACUAAGGCCGUGAAGCUUGCUGGAGAGGACAAUUGGGUGGCAGAGGAAUAGUGUCAGCUCUACAUUUGGAACCUUCCGCCUUCUUUGUCCCAGUUCCUUACAUGAUUUCGACGGGGUUUGGCAUUAAGCGUCACACCGAUAGGUGAUUAUGGGUAAUCAACAAGGAAAAAGCGUAGAGGGCGGCUUUAAUAAAAAGGAUGUUGAGCGGCUUCAACGUCGAUUCCUUCGGCUCGCCAACAAGGAUGGAAAGGUCAACAUCUCAGCAUUCCAGAGCAUGGUUGAGCUAGGCGCCAAUCCAUUCAUCCCGCGCAUCUUCAAGCUCUUCGACACAUCCGGUGACGGGUCACUGAACCUCGAAGAGUUCACACAGGCCCUCGAGUACUUUGGAAAGCUUGAGGACGAGGAGGAGCAGUACAAAUUUGCGUUCCGGCUGUACGACACUGACAAGGACGGCCUCAUCUCCAGUGACGAGCUCUUCGACGUGCUGCACAUGCUGCUGGGCAACACCUACCCGGAUGCGCAGCUGGAGCAGGUCGUGUACAAUACCAUGAGCGAGUUCGAUCGCGACGGCGACAACAAGCUGGACAUGGAGGAGUUCCGCGCGCUGCUGUCACGGCAGGACCUGGCCAACAAGUUCUCCGUCAACAUUUAAGGAGUUGCUCGUGGCGAGGAGAGGGCUGGGCUUGGAUUGGCAUGGGAUGGAAGGGAAGGAUUAAUCAACUGGCUGGGUUGGGCUGGGUUGGAGGCGGCCUUGUUCUGGUGUCCAGCAAGCAUGGGCGCCUGCGUAUAUAUAGGUGGCAGACAACGCAUAUUACUGGAUAUGCGUGCAGUGUAUGGUAUUGGCCUGAGUGAAGGUCUUGGUUAGGAGGUGUUUCGGAGUCGGGCUUGGGGGUUAACCCCGCACAGGAGGAGGGGGAUGCGGUUAGGGUUCGUGCAGCACCCGGUGCAACCCAGAGCGGUUGGGUAGGAGGGAGGGGGGUUGGGUUCGCAGUCCUGGACACACGUAGUGUACAUGUGCGCGAGUAAAUAAGGAAGUAAUGCGCGAGGCCCGGAUAGCUUGCCCGGACGGCAGUUAGGGAGUAGGGGGCUCGGCAUUGCGGCGCCUGCUUCGAAUGGUAACU